AAGUUGAUAAGCAGAAUUGGUCCGGCAGUCGGGGUGUUGCUGGUGUGACGGUCACCAUGUCUCGUACGGUGUGUUUCUACGUGUUCGUGUGCGUUAUCGCGGGAAGCCUCGCGAACCCAGCUUCGCAACUGCCUUGUCUGGGCGAGGUGACGCAGUGCGAGGUGAGCAACGUGCAGAUAACUCCGUGCUCUAAACAGGAACGAUGCAUUUUUAAGAUUGGGAAAAACGCCUCCAUCAGCUUCGAUUUUACCCCAGCAUUCGACGCCACAGAGCUAGAGACCGAAGUAUCGACUCCGGUGUCGGGUGUCAAACAAAACUUCCCCGGGCUAGACAAGGACGGCUGCAAGUCCACCGCGUGCCCCGUCUCGGCUGGCAAGAAGCAGAACUUCAGCUAUAACCUGCAGUUAAGAAGGGCUGAAGUAGCUAAGGGUUCGUACGACAUCAAAUGGGAGCUGUGGAACAAGGCCCAGCGUGAGCAGAAGUGCUGCUUCAUCACCAGAAUCAAGCUUCAAUAAAUUUAAUAAACC